AUGGCAUUGGAUGAAGCCCUGGUGCCUAUCAGGAUCAUUCCUCUGCUUCUCUGGUUUGGAGCAUCUCUGUCUAUGUCUCGCCACUCACAGGCCAGGCCCUCCCAGCACUUCACCUCUCCAGAAAUGGUGAUCCCCUUGAAGGUGACUGGUAGAGGCAGACAUACAAGGACUCAGGGCUGGAUCUCUUACAGUCUGCGAUUUGGGGGCCAGAAACAUGUUGUCCACAUGAGGGUCAAGAAGAUCUUUAUUUCCAAACACUUGCCAGUGUUCACCUAUACAGACCAGCAUGCCCUCCAUGAAGAUCAGCCUUUUGUACAGAAUGACUGCUAUUAUCAUGGUUAUGUGGAAGGGUUCUUUGAGUCUCUGGUUGCCCUCAGUACCUGCUUUGGGGGUUUUCAAGGAAUUCUACAGAUAAAUGGCAUCGCUUAUGAAAUUGAACCCAUGAGGCAUUCUAGCACAUUUCAACACUUGGUCUAUAAGAUAGACAAUAAUGAUACAAAAUUUCCACCCAUGAGAUGUGGCUUAACAGAAGGGGAAAUAGCACGACAGUUGGAGUUGCAAAAGAUGCAUAAUUCCACACUGAAACAAAGUUCUUAUCUUGGGUGGUGGACCCACUUGCGGUUUCUUGACCUGGUAGUGGUGGUGGACUACAAUCGAUUCCUUCACUCGCUUAGAAAUACCUCAGUGGUGCAGCAUGAAGUAAUUCAUGUUGUUCAUAUUGUGGAUUCUUUAUAUCAACCUUUUGAUAUUGAUAUAAUUUUGGUUGGUAUUGAGAUCUGGAAUGAAGGAAACCCACAUUUAUCUAAUGACAUUGAUGAACUUGUAGAAGAAUUUUGUUCUUGGAAAAAACAACACCUUGAUGCACGACUGCCAAAUGAUGCUACACAUCUUUUCAUGAAACAAUCAUAUGGUAACACGCUUGGUGUUGCCUUUGUUGGAGGAAUAUGCCUUUCUCCUUAUAAUUGUGGAGUUGAUAGUUUCCAAGGAGACGAUUUGUUUUCUUUUGCACUUACUGUGGCCCAUGAGCUUGGUCAUAAUUUGGGUAUGCUGCAUGACAGUAAUUGGUGUGUGUGUGGGUACACAUGGUGCAUAAUGUUUGCCUUUCACCGUAUAACAACUAAGUUCAGCAAUUGUAGUUAUGCCAAUUAUUGGGACAAAGGCAGGCAAAGAUUAUGUCUUUUCUCUACACCAAAUUCUGAGAAAAUCUUUAGUCAAAAGUUUUGUGGAAACCUAAUUGUUGAAGAAGGAGAAGAGUGUGACUGUGGAACCAUACAACAGUGUGCUAAUGAUCCCUGUUGCCUUUCAAACUGUACUCUGAGUUCAGGGGCUGAUUGUGCUUUUGGCCUAUGCUGUAAAGAUUGCAAUUUUAUUCAAUCAGGGUAUUUGUGUAGACAACAAGUCAAUGAAUGUGAUCUUCCAGAGUGGUGCAGUGGAACUUCUCAUCAGUGCCCAGAAGAUGUAUAUGUAAAGAAUGGGAUACCAUGUAAUGACAGUGCCUUCUGUUAUGAAAAGAGAUGCAAUAGCCAUGAUAUGCAGUGUAAAGAGAUUUUUGGCAAAGAUGCAAGAAGUGCAUCUCAAAGCUGCUACCAAAACAUCAACACUCAAGGAAACCGUUUUGGUCACUGUGGGAUUACAGAUAUAAUAUAUCUAAAAUGUAAUAUCACUGAUAUCCUGUGUGGAAGAAUUCAAUGUGAAAAUGUGGAAGUAAUUCCCAAUUUGACAGAACAUUCUACAGUGCAUCAGGUCCACAUCAAUGACACUAUUUGCUGGGGCACUGACUAUCAUUUAGGGAUGUCCAUACCUGAUAUUGGUCAAGUGAAGGAUGGCACAGUAUGUGGUCCAGAAAAGAUCUGCAUCCAUAAGAAGUGUGUCCACAUGUCUUAUCUUCCACAAGAUUGUCAGCCUGAGACCUGCAACAUGCGAGGGGUCUGUAACAAUAAAGAACACUGUCACUGUAACUUUGGUUGGGCACCUCCCUACUGUUUGAUAAAAGGCUAUGGAGGCAGUUAUGAUAGUGGUCCACCUCCUAAUAGAGUAACAAAACAGCUGGGAAUUUUUACUUAUCUGUCAUUAUUGUGGCUUAUUCCUUUGGCUGUCUUAUUUUACUUCCUCUUUGUGCUUUACAAAAAAGAAAAGGAGGGCAAA